AUGAUUCUUCUGAUGAUUUUGCUAAUCUGUGGCAUCAAAGGAGGAGCAGGAAGGCAUAUUCAGGCUCUGAUUCCGACGUUAGUGCUUCAGAUGAUUCACGAGUGGGUAGGGGCAAGAAACGGUCAGAGAAGAAGAGCAGGAAACAUCGCCAUGAAGCGGACUAGCUUCUACACAGUCUGUGAUGAUUCUUCUGAUGAUUUUGCUAAUCUACGGCAUAAAAGGAGGAGCAGGAAGGCAUAUUCAGGCUCUGACUCCGACGUCAGUGCUUCAGAUGAUUCGCGAGUGGGUAGGGGCAAGAAAGGUCUGAGAAGAAGAGCAGGAAACAUCGCCAUGAACAGGACUAGCUUCUACACAGUCUGUGAUGAUUCUUCUGAUGAUUUUGCUAAUCUACGGCAUAAAAGGAGGAGCAGGAAGGCAUAUUCAGGCUCUGACUCUGACGUCAGUGCUUUAGAUGAUUCGCAAGUGGGUAGGGGCAAGAAACGGUCUGAGAAGAAGAUCUGUGAUUAUUCGUCUGAUGAUUUUGCUAAUCUGCGGCAUAAAAUUAGGAGCAGGAAGGCAUAUUCAGGCUCUGAUUCCGACGCCAGUGCUUCAGAUGAUUCACGAGGGAAGUGUGCCUGUGGGCAUCAAGAAGAGCUUUAUUAUUGCUGCUCUUUUAAACUCAGUGUUAUUAUUGAAGCCAAGAAGGAUGCAUCAUUUCCUACCAUUUUGAUUUCCUUCCUGGUAAUAGCAGUCUGUGAUGAUUCUUCUGAUUAUUUUGCUAAUCUGUGGUUUAAAAGGAGGAGCAGGAAGGCAUAUUCAGGCUCUGAUUCCGACGUCAAUGCUUCAGAUGAUUCGCGAUUGGGUAGGGGCAAGAAACGGUCUGAGAAGAAGAGCAGGAAACAUCGCCAUGAAGAGGACUAG